GUGUGUUUCUAUCGUUCUUCCGCCAAGUUUGGUGACACCGCUGAAGCCUACAUAAAUUGCACCAUCUAACCAUCCUCUCUUCGGCUGACAACUUAGACUUGUCCGCUCUCGCCAUACUCGAUCGCCUUCUCCGAGAAGCUUUGUUUCCUCAGCCAUUUCUUCUCGAUCUUUUGCUCCUUUUUCCUGCGCGCACCCGUCCGGUUGCUGCCUAUCUUGGCCUCGGUUUCAUCGAGAUUCGUCUUGGUUCGCGGGGACUCCACGGACACGCUACAAAAGGUGCCAUCUUGCGGUCUCCGAGGCUCUGAAUCGAGCUUCCCGUGUGCCGGAAAAAGAAUGGCUUCAACAGCAUGUUAUCAUACCCUUGGUUCCAUCCAAGGCCAGGGAUACGACGGUAAAACUGGCUUGUUAAGCCGGCUUGGAAGCUUACCUGUGAAAACUGUUUCUAAGGGUGUAAACAUCGAGAUGCGGCUUCUUACAAGAGGAAGCUGCUAUCCUCGGAGCUUGAAAUUGUGUGUGGUUCGUGCAUCGAGCUCACAUUCUUCGGUUGCCGAUCCAGUUCGAAUACCAUCAAACAGCAAUUCUAGUGAUUCUCAGAAAAAAUCAAGUGAAGCUUCACUUAUAUUGAUUAGACAUGGUGAGUCUUUGUGGAAUGAGAAAAAUCUCUUUACAGGAUGUGUUGAUGUACCAUUGACUCAAAAGGGCGUGGAGGAGGCAAUUGAAGCUGGUAAAAGAAUAAGCAAUAUACCUAUUGACACGAUCUUUACAUCUUCACUGAUUCGUGCCCAAAUGACUGCUAUGCUAGCAAUGACCCAACAUCGUCGCAAAAAGGUUCCGAUCAUUAUGCACAAUGAGAGCAAACAGGCCCAGAAGUGGAGUCAAAUAUAUAGUGAAGAAACCAACAAACAGUCCAUUCCUGUGAUAACUGCCUGGCAACUGAAUGAAAGAAUGUAUGGUGAAUUACAAGGUCUUAAUAAGCAGGAAACAGCUGACCGUUUUGGAAAAGACAAAGUUCAUGAAUGGCGUCGUAGUUAUGACAUUCCUCCCCCAAAUGGCGAGAGUUUGGAGAUGUGUGCUGAAAGAGCUGUGGCUUAUUUCAGGGAGCAAAUUGUACCUCAACUUUUGACUGGGAAGAAUGUGAUGAUUGCUGCACAUGGGAAUUCGCUGAGGUCCAUCAUUAUGUACCUGGACAAGCUGACUUCUCAGGAGGUCAUCAGCCUUGAACUGUCGACUGGCAUUCCAAUGCUUUAUAUAUUCAAAGAUGGAAAGUUUAUUAGGAGAGGAAGCCCAGUAGGUCCUUCUGAGGCUGGUGUUUAUGCUUAUACCAGACGUUUGGCUCUCUACAGGCAGAAGCUAGAUGAAAUGUUCCAGUGAUACCUUCUUGUCUGUGCUAGAAAAUACUUGAGGAGCUUUUCGUGGUUGGAAGUCGUAUGAGCAUGAUCACAGGCCCCUUCUACGAUGUCUUAGUUACUAGAAUCCUAGAAGCAUCUACCGCUAUGUUCUUCACCUUAUAGGCGAAGUUUUGUUCAAUGUAGAAAGAAGAUUCUGCAGAUUGUAUUAUUUGUUCAUUUUUGUUGUGUCGGGUGGUGUCGCCUCAAGCUGCUUUUACAAAUGCAAUAAUAAAUAUUCAAGCUUAAUUAUCGACUAUCAAUGGUUAAGCAUCAUUUUUGAA